AUGGGUCGCGUCGUCAAGGGCGGCGUGUGGAAGAAUCAAUGGGCGCGAAUUUCGUCCCUGCUCGUGCGCAAGACGCCGAAGCAGUGCAAGGCGCGCUGGUACGAGUGGCUCGACCCGUCGAUCAAGAAGAUCGAGUGGUCGCGCGAGGAAGACGAGAAGCUGCUGCACAUGGCGAAGCUCAUGCCGACGCAGUGGCGCACGAUCGCGCCGAUCGUCGGGCGCACGGCGACGCAGUGCCUCGAGCGGUACCAGCAGCUGCUCGACGACGCCGACGCGCAGAGCUCGGAGCUCGCGCUCGCUGGCCCCGGCUCCGAGGCCGCGCCCAGCGCGGACCAGGUCCUGAAGCUGCGCCCCGGCGAGAUUGACCCCGACCCCGAGUCGCGGCCCGCGAAGCCCGACCCGGUCGACAUGGACGAGGACGAGAAGGAGAUGCUCUCCGAGGCGCGCGCGCGUCUCGCCAACACCGAGGGCAAGAAGGCGAAGCGCAAGGCGCGCGAGCGCGCACUCGACGAGGCACGCCGCCUGUCGACGCUGCAGAAGCGCCGCGAGCUCCGCGCCGCGGGCCUCCUCGCCAAGGGCAAGGACAAGAAGCCGGGCAUGGACUACAACGCCGAGAUCCCGUUCGAGAAGCAGCCGCUCCCCGGCUUCUACGACACGACCGAGGAGGCCGCGAAGGUGUACGAGGAGCCCAUGCGCCGCACCCUCCAGCAGAUGGACCCCGGCCUCCGCCAGAGCGAGGAGGAGGCGAAGCGCAAGCGCGAGCGCGCGCUGAACAAGCCGGCGCGCCACGAGGAGGCACUCCGGCGCCUGCGCGAGGCCGAGCAGGUCACCAAGCGGCGAAAACUCGCCCUGCCGGACGCCCAGGUCGGCGAGCGCGAGCUCGAGCAGAUCGUCAAGCUCGGCCACGCAAGCGAGGCGGCGCGCGCCCUCGUCGAGACGGACGACGGCGCGGCGACAGAGGGCCUCCUCGCGCACUAUGCGCCGCUCGAGCAGGGCGCCGCCGCACCGACGCCCUCGGGCCACGACGCGGACGCGCUCGUGCGCGAGGCGCGCGAGCUGCACAGCCGCACCGUCGCGCAGACGCCGCUCCUCGGCGGCGAGAAUGCGCCGAUGCCGCCNGACUUUGAGCUCGUCGUCGAGGCGCCGCCGGCGGCGCCGGCGGCCGACGCGCCGCCACGGACGGAGGACGCGACCCUGCGCGAUGCGCGCGAUGCCGAGCUCGCCGCCGAAGCGCGCGAGCGCGAGUAUGCGCAGCGGACGCAGGUCGUGCGCCGCGGGCUGCCGCGCCCUGCGCACGUGGACGAGCGCGACGUGCUCGCGCUGCUGCAGUCGCUGCGCCUCCCUGGGGCGCCGCCCGCACAGGCCCUCGUGGACGAGGAGAUGGCGCGGCUCAUGGCGCACGACGCGCGCGUGUUUCCUCUGCCGGGCAGCCGGUACCCUGGCGGCCUCGUGCCGACGCUGCCGGCCAUCGCGGACGAGCGCCGCGCGGCGGCGCACGCGCUGGUCGAGGCGGAGCUCGCGCAGUGCCCCGCGGCGGCGCCGACUGCCCCGCUGGACGCGGCGCUGCGUGUGCACGCGGCGUGGACGCCUGCGGGGCAUGCCGCGCCGUAUGCGUCGGUGCCGCCGGCGGAGCGGGUGCGUGGUGCCGCUGCGCGGCAGGAGCAGCUGCGUGCGCGCCUGACGGAGGUGGCCGCGCAGGCGGCCAAGAGCGAGAAGACGCUCGGCAAGCUGCUGGGCGGCUACGAGGCGCGGUCGCGUCGGCUGGCGACGCAGAUCCGCGCGGCGGCGGCGCAGCAGGUGGAGCAGCUGCUCACGCACGAGGCGCUCGCGCGCCUCGCGGCGUCGGAGCCGGCGAGCGGUGCGGAGCGGCUCGGGCGGCUGCAGGCGGAGGUCGCGCGGCUGCAGGCGGUCGAGGCGCGUGCGCAGGACGAGUACCGCGUCCUGUCGGCGGAGCGCGCCGAGGCGCAGGAGGUGUACGAGGAGCUACGUACGGAGCUCGAGAUGCGCGAGGCCGAGCGGGCCCUCGCCUAA